CGUCAUCAAGCAGAGCCAGAAUGUAGAUGACGUGCUCGCGGAGCGCCGCCCACCAGUUCCUAUUAGCAGUGAUUCCGCAAUGGAAUCAAACCGGGACGAGGCGGAGCGCUGUAUAGCCAUCGCGCUGAAAGCCAUCAAGAGCGGGAACGCGGAGAAGGCUUUGCGGUUUCUGGACAAGGCUCAGCGGCUCUUCCCCACGGACAGGGCGCAAGAGCUCAUCGACUCCCUCACUAAUACCAGCCAAGCUAAUGGCCAGCCUGAAAGCACAGAGUCAUCAAACCCGCGACUUCGAAAGAAUGCUGCUGAAGCCGCCCCAGCUGCCAAUGGUGAAGCGGGUGGAGAAACUGGAAAGGGCUACACACCAGACCAGGUGGAAGCAGUAAAAAGGGUAAAGCAAUGUAAGGACUACUAUGAGAUUUUGGGAGUAACCAGAGAAGCCACGGAAGACGACUUGAAGAAAUCCUACAGGAAGCUAGCUCUAAAAUUUCAUCCAGAUAAAAACCACGCUCCGGGCGCCACCGAAGCAUUUAAAGCUAUUGGGAAUGCAUAUGCAGUGUUAAGUAACCCAGAGAAGAGGAAGCAAUACGAUCAGUUUGGAGAGGAGAAGGUGAACCCAUCUCGACAUGGACACACAGACUUCCACAGAGGAUUUGAAGCGGAUAUCUCCCCUGAAGAUCUCUUCAAUAUGUUCUUUGGAGGAGGAUUUCCGUCUAGUAAUGUCCACGUGUACAGCAAUGGCCGAAUGCGUUAUACCUAUGCUCAGAGACCAGACCGGCGGGAACACCAAGGAGAAGGAAGUCUCGGAAUGUUUGUCCAGUUGAUGCCUAUCCUGAUCCUGAUCAUCGUGUCUGCACUAAGUCAGAUGAUGGUUUCCAAUCCGCCUUACAGCCUCAGCCAUAGACCGUCUGUUGGUCAUAUACAUAAGAAAAUCACCGAACACCUCAGGGUCCCGUACUUUGUGUCUGAAAGCUUUGAUGAGGAGUACACUGGCAGCAACCUCAGAAAUGUGGAAAGAAGUGUAGAAGAGGACUUCAUAGCCAAUCUUCGGAAUAACUGCUGGAAAGAGAAGCAGCAAAAGGAAGGAUUACUAUACCGAGCACGUUACUUUGGCGACGCAGAUCUCUACCAGAGAGCGCAGAGGAUGGGAACCCCCAGCUGUAACAGACUGACGGAGGUCCAAGCUUCCAUGCAUGGCUAGCCCCUUUCUUGGCACACUGGAGAAAGCACAGAUCUUCAGAGCUGGAAAUUUUGGCAAUACAUGGGAGGGCUCAUUUCCUGUCUGGGGGGCCUGCAACGCAUUGCUUUCUAGUGCGUUACUGACUCUUCAACUGCAGCGUGAUUACAAUUUGAGAAGUGUCAAUGCACAAUCCUACUGACAUUGUUUGGCAGGAGGACUGAAUCUCUGCUCGGCUUCUCUCCACAGUCCCCACAUAGUCCGUCGCCCAUAGACUUUAAUGCACCUGUAGGAUAAUAUAAGCUCGGCAGCUGCUCGGAACAAACCCCAACCGACCAUCUGGACCCCUUAAGACUGUGGCCUAUUACACCUUCCUAUACAUGGAAUCCGAAGACUUUUAGAACUAAGAAUUGAAGGAAGAAAAUCUAUUUAGAAUUACUUUCUAGCUGUAUAUAUGUUGUACUUUUAAACAGAAAUAAUUAUACAGAUAUUGGAUUCAAUUUGUUUAGCCAGUAUCUGUUAUUCUAUUUAAAAUGUUGUGUGAAUCUUUGUGUUGGCGUUGGCCAAAAGCGGAGUCUUUCAUAUUUAAAAUAACUGCAUCUGAUGGAAUAUAUUUAAUAAAUUUAGAGACUUU